AUGGUUCACCCCGAUCUCCAGGGACUUCGGGUUGUGGACCUAAAAGAACUCUGUAAGACACAUGGGCUUGACCAAAAAGGCAAGAAGGCUGAUCUCCAAGAAAGACUGACUGAAUUCCUGAAUGCGCAAGAAGCCGCUGCAGCUCCUGAACAAGCACCUUCAGAAGUCACCUCGAGCCAAGAAGUCGCGCGCGAGCAAGAGGAAGAGGUACCAGUUGCCGAAGAGCCUACAGCUUCAUUGCCUGAUUUCAAAACUGAGAAGCCAUCUAGCCAAGAACUUCCGGCUGAACCCGAGGCAGAGCGGGAAACAGCAGCUGUGGAAGAGCCCGUAGCUGAACCCGAGCAAGCUGCUGCCUCACUGCCUGUUUUCAAGUCAAAGAAGCCAUCGAGCCAGGAGCCUCCCGCAGAAGAUGAGCCAGAAAAAGAACAAGAGCCUGAGAAAGGACAAGAAGCUCCACCAUCUAGUACCCCCGUAUUUGACAUCAAGCCGGACAUUUCGCAGCUGCAGGCAGAUAAACAACCCGCUCAAGAAGAAUGUCCGAAGAAGAUGUAG